AUGCGUAAUACGAUAAAUCUUUCUCAACUUGCAGUAGGUGUUGUCAAGAAAAGUAUGAUCUAGCAAGCUGCUGAUGUAGUAGGAAGCUAAUUUUACAAAAAGGAACCUGUUUUAUUUCGAUUAAAUGAAGACGAAUCAAAAGAAACUUUCCAUAAAAUGAUGAGUAGACACUAUGAAACGUCUAGUGCUAUAUACAAUAGAAUCACUAAUGAAAUAUAUGGAUGUACUUUGGCAUGUGAUCUAGUGGCAGAUAUUGAAGAUUAAACAUAAUAUCCAGAAAAAAUUGACCCUAUUUGUUAGCUCAUGGAUUAAAUUGCUCCUAUGUACUAUGAAGCUAUAGGGCUUUCUUAAGAAGAAGUAAAACUUAAUAUGAUACAUUACUAGCUUUUUACAGGUGUAAAACCGGAAAUGAGAGGUAUGAGAUUAGCUUAAAAAUUACUCACUCACAACACUUCUCUUGCCAAGAUUAUGGGAUUUCAGCAUAUUAGAGGUGACUUUUCUAGCCACCUAAGCUUGAAUGUAGGAUUAAAAAUAGGAUACAAGUAUUUAUUUGAUAUUAAAUAUGCAGAAAUUGAAGUAAAUGCUAAACCUAAACGCUAUUGGAGAGAAGUCCCUCAGCUUUUCAAUGAAGAAAGACUCUAUGUAGGAAAUAUCUUUUUAGAUGAGUUUUAACUUUGCCUAAAUAGGGACGAAAAUAUUAAUGGAAUUUAAGGAUAAAAUCUUUUAUUACAUUGA